UCUUGAAACUUGGACAAACUCAAAGGUUGUCAGAGAAUGAAUACAUCCCAAUUAGCCACUGUCAAAGCUUACAUGGCAGAUGGAGAUAUAUUGUCUCUGAUUAAAGGAUCACCAGGGCUCGAAACUUUAAAGGACUGUAAAGAUAUUCUGCUUAAAGCCACUAACGCAGUGUUGGAUGAGAAUGCUGAUGUGACUGGGACCUUCACAUAUGGCCCAGAGAUCGGGGAUGCUGAAUUUCGAGAUGAGCUGGCCAUGUUUCUUACACAAGAGUAUGGUGAUGAGGUAAAAAGCUCCCACUUAAUGGUGACAGCAGGCGCUUCCCAAGCUCUGCACAUGAUCACCACGGUUAUGUUCAGCAAAGACAGCAUUGUCUUUGUGGAGGAACCCACCUACUUUGCUGCUAGCAUGAUGCUAUCUGUUGACCUCCAGAUGAAAGUAAUACCUGUGCCUUGUGAUGCAGAUGGAAUAAAUGUGGAAGAACUUGACCACCUCUUGACCAAGUACCGACCAGCUCACCAGAGACCAACAGAGUCAAAAAGACCUUUCUGGGCUUUUGUCUACACUGUUCCUGUCUACAACAAUCCAACUGGACGAUGCUAUUCUCCCAGUCGAUGCCGGAGUCUGGUUGAGGUUGCUCGAAAGCAUGAAAUUCUCCUGGUAGCAGAAGACGUGUACAAUCUCAUCCAUUUUGGUGAGGAUCCUUUUCCACCGCCCCGCCUUCUGUCGUAUGAUUGUCCUGCUGACCCUGACUAUAAAGGUCAUGUCUUGUCUAUUGGAACCUUCUCCAAGAUCUUGGCACCAAGCUUACGACUUGGCUGGGUAGAGGCACCAGAGUGUAUCCUGCUUCAUCUAAACAACAGUAACCUUGUUUGGAGUGGUGGCAGUCUCAACCACUAUGCCUCCAAACUGGCAGCAGCAGCUAUGCACCUUGGGCUACUGCCACCCCACGUACAUUUUUUGCGCCAGGUGUACAAGUCACGGUGUGAUGCAGUGUGUCAGAUUCUGAGAGAUGGCUUACCUGAUGUUGUCACCUUUACUCAACCGCAGGGAGGCUUCUUUGUGUGGGUUGUGUUUCCAGAGAGCGUGGACACAUUUGAGAUGUUGAAGUUCAUGGUGGACAAGCACAAGAUCAGUUUUUUCCCUGGUAUAUGUUUUUCAGCACUUGGGAGGUCUGGAAACUGUGCUCGCAUCUGCUUUAGCUUUUAUGAGAAAAACAUUCUCCUGCCAGGCGUGAAAGCCUUUGUAGAAGGUGUAAAGGAAUUUAUGAAGUUAGCUUAAGUCUCAGGAACAUGUAGACCACUUUGCAUUAUACAGGGGUCUCUGUAAACCUACUCAGAUUUACAUUCCAGGUGUUUUUUACAACAUAGUCUAUUAAUUUAAACAGAGAAUGGCCUCUUUUCUUACAGGCAUAGCACUGGACUGUGAAAUUAUUAGCUUCACUCUGCUAUGACCAGAUUUAACGUGAACUGACAAUAAGAAUGGGAUUGCAAUCAAACUUUAUUUUUAAAGUUUGUCACAGUGCUUAAGGAAGGUGAUAAGGAGUACAUAGGUGAUGACAUUUGAGUUGAGAGAAGUACAUGUCAUUUUUUUUAAACAGAUUUUGAUAUGUAUGCCAUAUUUUUGCAGAAGUGCAGAAUACAAUGAAUGUCAUGCUUCGUGAGAGCCCUGUGAUGUUUUACUUAUUGCUACUGUGACUACUAAUGAGCGUUGUCAUGAUUUAUGAUAUAUUUGAUAUACUUUUUUAAGCAUCAUCAUCAUCAUCAUUCCUUGCUACUCCUCGAGGAGCAUAGGGCCGCAACACCACCUCUCUACUCGGAUAAAGAUUUUGAGUGUUUGGGAAUUUUCUUUGGCGCAAUUUGAGGAAGAGACCUGUUUUCAUAUAGUAAACCAGAGACAUGAAUAAUACAUGUACAGUAGGUGAUUAUACUGUUGCCAAUGUUUACUUGAUCCGAAUGUCAAAUGCCUUAUACCAGUGGUUCUCAACCUUUUCCUUGUGACACCCCCCCUGACGAACAAAGGUAUGUCCGCGCACCCAGCAAUGUAAGCUAAUUUCAGUAAUACCAGUAUAAGAAACAAAAAAAAUGACCACCUUCGCGCCACCCCUUGUAAGCACGUUUAAGACUCUGCCUUAUACAUUAUGUUAAUGUAGCCUUUCAAAACAUCUUUCCUUGAAAAAGAAAAUGCUUUUUUCACUUUUUAUAUGUACUCUUUAGCAGUGACUGGGUAAUUAGUACUAUGUAUAUGUUGGGUAGAACCCAACAAGAUGUAUAGUUGUGGAAUGUCUUCCCAGAAAUAUGCAUCAAUCAGAGAAUCUAUAAUUCAGAAAUCCAGUUUAGUUAGUUUAUUCCUUGUUGCUCCCUUGAGGAGCAUAGGGCCAUAAUUCAGAAAUCCAACUCGCAUAAAAUUUGCAAGGGUGGUCUGAACAUUAGAAACAUUGCUUUUAAACAUAUUUUUGUGGAGUGUGCAUGUAAAUAAACAAAUGGACAUCCUA